AUGAAUGGCAAUAUACAUGAAAGACCAGAAAUUAUCAAUAUUGCAAGGAAUGUGAAAAUGGACAAUCAAGUUACUCAGCAAGGCUUCCAGCACAGAUCAAAGAUCCAAAAACUAGCCCUGGCUUUUGGCGUUUAUUUUCUUUUCAAUGCCUUAAUCUUUUCAUACACAUUCUUCUAUUUCUACUGGUUGAUUCCAAAUUCCAUUAAAAUGGAAGUAAACUUGGAAAAGGUGUUUACAUUUACAUACAACAGAUCAUAUAAUAUUUUUAUCACCCAUUUGAUUGGUAUUUUUCCUGCAAUAUUCAUUAGUUUGCUGCUUGUAGUUCAGUGGAUUAUAGUCAGAAUUACAAACUAUCUUGUGAGAAAUGAAUCUAGAAAGAUAUGUAUCAGAAAUGCUGUGGAAAACACCAUUUCCACCUUAAUAAUUCUAGCAGUGCUAAACUUCCUGGAUAUGAACAGGUUCUGGAAACUCACCAUAUGUGGGAUUUACACCCUAGUAUUUAUCAAAAUUUGCUUUUCUGGUUCAUCGAUAUCACAGAAGUUGAUCAGAGUCCUAAUGCUAUUGAUCUACAUCAAUAUUAACAUUCUGGAAGACGAUCCUCACACUAAAAGCAUUUCAUUAAUGGAGUAUCUUGCAAGUAACAACAAUGUUGAUGCUGGAAACUACAAAAGUUUUCUCAGCAAGUAUAAUUUUAAAACUUACAAUGUAACUGUAUUUGCAUCAGAGUUUUUUGCAGCUGCCUCUAGUGUAAGAAUUGGGUCAUAUUCAAUGAUUGCAAUCUGUGAUAACCUUUUUAACCCACUCCAUUUUGAUAUGUUCAGAGCAGUAUUUCUUCAUGAGCUGGGGCAUUGUAACUUGCAUCAUUCUCACAUUCUUUUCGCUUGCAUGGCAUUGUUUGCAAUUUCCAUACUUGGCUACUUGGUCACAUUUUUAAGGAAAAGUGAAAAUAAUACGGUUAAAAAAUAUGCAGAAUGUAUGCGCUUUGUCUUUACCGUUGCCAUAUUUUUAGAAAUUCCACUCAAUAGCUUUUCACAGCUACUGGAAUUUCAGGCUGAUGACUUUGCCUCUAAGCUUGAACCACAACUCGUAAAAAAUUUGAUAUUUUCACUUUUGGCGCAUGAAAAAUUGCCCGAUGCUGUAUUUUUGAAUGAACAUAUUGUAAACUUAACCGUCAAGUCCGAUACAUUUAUAUACCCAACAUUUCAUCCUUUUUACACUCAUCCAUCAGUUUUUGAAAGGAUGAAACGAUUGAGUUCAAUGGAUGAACAGGUGGUUUCGUUUAGCUAA